AUGGCUGAUAACGAACCUACCCCAGAGCAAGAGGCCGCCGCCGCCGCAAAGAUCAAAGCCGAACAGGAUGCUCUCCCUUACAAAUGGACCCAAACCAUCGGCGAGCUCGACGUCGUGAUCGAGAUCCCCGGUAACCUCAAGGCGCGAGAUCUGAACGUCGAGCUCAAGAAGAAGAAGCUGCACGUUGCCAUCAAAGGCCAAGAACCCAUCAUCAGCGGCGACCUCCCCUCCGAAAUCCACGUCGACGAGUCGACCUGGACCCUGGCCAGCGCGCCCUCGGGCACCACCAAAGUCCUGGAGAUCCACCUCGACAAGGCCAACAAGAUGCAGUGGUGGGAGCACGUCGUGACCUCUGCCCCGAAGAUCGACGUCACGAAGAUCCAGCCCGAGAGCAGCAAGCUGGGGGACCUGGACGGCGAGACGCGGGGCAUGGUCGAGAAGAUGAUGUUCGAUCAGAGGCAGAAGGAGGCCGGCCUGCCGACGAGCGAUGAGCAGAAGAAGGUCGAUAUGCUGAAGAAGUUCCAGGAACAGCAUCCCGAGAUGGACUUUAGUAAGGCGAAGAUCAAUUAG